GGUGGACUCUUGCAGCUGUUUACAGCUCACUUUUCUGAGAAUUCGGGGAAUCCCCAGGUUUCUGAUCAGUGAUUGGACGCAUUCUACGUCAUCAUCCAUGAUCUUGAAAAUAAAAAGUGCUUGAAUAAGCAGCUUUCACUUUUGAGUUACCGGUAUAAUUCCCCAUCCAUUCGAUAAGAAUAUUUUGGCAGACAAGCGAGUUAAUAAUUUAAUAAGUGAGUCGCCGUAACUGAUACAGCAAGCUGGAGCAUUCAGGAGCCUUAUUGCAUCGGACUCAUAUCAGAUAACAGCUUCACGCUCCUAAAGAAAUUUAGCGCCUCACAAAUAUUUGGCGCCAAACCGGUGUUCGUGUGCAUGUGUGCGCCAUGUUUGAAAAUGACAACGAAAGGUAAAGCUGUCAAGUCAGUUAUUUAUAUUUCAAGUAGCGAUGAAGAUGAGGAAGACACGCCGCCACCAAAAGCCAGGCUGCCAUACAAAGUAAAGAAAGAAAAUGUAAGCAACGGGAUCGUUAAAAAAACGGAGACUGUUAUUUUAAGCUCUGACGACGAGCUUGAGAAGACGCCUCAGAAGAUAUCGCGUCCAUCUUUUGUCAAAGAAGAGCCAGAUUUCCAGGUGUCUACCUCGAAGGCUCAAAAUGAAACCAGUCCUUGGAAAAGUUUGAAGUUCAACCAAAAUAAUAUCAAGAUACUUCAAGCGAACGUGAGGUUAAAAAAGUUGAAUUUUGGAAAUUUAUCGAACGCAAGCAUCGAUAAAACUGAAAAUCACGAUGUCAUGCCUGUGCCCACCGCAUCUUGUUCAAAGUCUCAGGUAAGCAGCUCUAAAUUAAGGAAAAUCCUCUUAGUAUUACCUGAGGGCAAAAGAAACGGCUAUACCUAUUCAAAGAUCAAGCGAUUUCUAGAGGGUUUUAAAUUUAAGUUUAUUCACCAGGGACCGGAGGGGCGGGCUGGGCCCGUCAUGCAGUCAAAGUGCAUGGUAAUUUUAAAGUAAAUGUACUGGAUUUACCGUUUGCGUCGUUUGACUUCAUAUGUAGCGGUAUAUCAUUAAAUAUGUGCAUGGAUCAAUGCUAAAUAAACGUUGUGUUGCCUUACUUACAAAUGUCGUCCUGGUAUUUUGAGCCAUUUACUGUUCCUCUUAAUAGCAGGACAAGGGUGGAAUCAAUUUUUUGAAGGGCUUCAGCGUUGGAGCAAUUUUCUCUUUCAAAACUCACAGCAGAAAGGCUGAAAGAUUCACACUUCUUGUACCAUCCGAUCGAAAAUCCAUCCAAAAGGCCUAGGACUAGCACGGGAGGAAAUUAAAAUCUCACAGUUUUUGAAUGGUCAAAAUGCAAGAUUUACAUAUGCCAGCCACAAAACUGUCCUGCUGAUUUCUUCUGUUUGAUUGGAUAUCAUUAACCAAAUGGUUCAACAAUAACUGGUGUUAAGCAGACUUGGUAAGUGAUCAUUGUUUAACAGCAUCCAAUCAAAAAGAGACGAUCAGCAGAAUGGUUUCUGGCUGGCACAUGUAAAUCGUGCGACGCAUUUUGACCGUGAAAAAACUGUGAGAUUUUAAUUUCCUUAGGCCUUUUGAAUGGAUUUUUGAUCAAAAGGUACCAGAAAGAAGUGUGAAUCUUUCAGCCUUUCUGCAGCAAGUUUUGAAAGUGGAGCAAUGCAAUUUUCUGGGGUAAAAUCACUCUGGCGCUGGAGCCAAUUAAAAAAUUUUUUCCACCCAUGUCCUUCUGUUAAGAGGAACAGUAAACAGCAAACUCAAAAUCUUUCAAAAUGGCUCAAAAUGCCAUUUCUGAGGCAAAAGGACAACAAGUUACCAUAAGUAAGGCAGCACAAUGUUUAUUUAGCAUUGAUCCAUACACAUAUUUAACGAUAUGCCCCUACAGAUGCAUCAAACGGUAAAUCCAGUACAUUUACCACAAAAUUACAAUACAAUCAGUUACACAAACGGACUGUGUGGGUCCCUGUGGUGACACCCAGGAAGUCAUAAAAAUAAAAAGUCUCUACUUGAUCUAGUCGUGUACAAGAAUGGGCUCUUGAAGCCAAAGUUCAAACAAGAUUCCUUGAUGCUGGUCAUAAUGCAGGUAUCAAUGUUUAGACAGAGAGUAGGGGUAUGGGCAUAGGUGUGACAUUUGAACACUUCUUUGUCCCCUCUCUGAGGAUUUAACCCUACAGAGAUCUGGGUCCUAAACUCGUGUUCUAGGAAAAGUCAAAGUGAUUACUCUUUUCUAUAAUGCAAUACUGCUAAAGCUUUCCAACUGGUAUUGAGUAUAUUAAUAUGGUUGUUCGAAGAAUAUUGCAAUUCAAUUUUGCUGAAACCAGGGCUGGAUUUUCAGCAUUUUUAAAUCAUUGAAGUGAAUGAUUAAAGAAGCAGUUUCACUGUUUCAUUAAACGUUUACAUUGAUGACCUAAACACAGUUUAUUCACAAGGAGUAAGCAAAUUAUAAGUUGUCUAGGUUUCCAAUGGCCAGAUGGAUUCAAUUUUGAAAUAUUUUUACAUGUAAUUGGGUGAACUUCAUACUUCUUCAAUCUACUGUAGCUUUGAUGAUGUACAGUAGUUGGAAAUAUACAUUUUAAAUUGCUCCAUGUUUACUUUUAAUACAUGUCAUUACACAGUUUUGUUAUCCCCAGGCAGCCCCAAGGGUUACGUGUUUGACCAAAAAAUAAAAACAAUUCAAAUGCCACACCUAUACCCGUAUCCCUUCAUCUCCCUCCAAACAUUGAUACCUGCAUAACUAGAACUGGUUUCUUGCAAAAGUGAUUGCAAGGAGAGUUUCCACUGCAUAUUUUUGACCAAAUAUAAGGCGCUUAUUUAUGUGUCUCAAGGCUGAUUUCACUAGUGAAAGAGUUGGAGUUGUAAAUAAUCAGAGUUGUCUAAGAGUUCUUUAUGAUCUAGUGAGAAACAAGAAUCAGAGUCAUAAUCUUGAUAGAUUUGGAAUUGCUUCUAUUUUCUUCUGAGUCUGCUUAUGACUGUUCAGGUUGCCCAUAAUCUAGUGAAGAUUACAAUAGAGGUGAAUAUCACACGCUGUGAUUGGUCAUUGCCUAUGAUUUAUUAUAGGACAAACACAUGGAUGACAUCAUGGGAAUCUUGUUUCUUUGUUUUAUUGAACAUGGCGCAUGGUUUUAAAAAUGUUUGUGAGAUUAUUUCACAUUAAGUGUAGGCCUUGAAAAACAUUUAGCAAUAGCUUAUGUGUUUACAUAGAAGGGAAAUGAAGAAACGGAGACAAAAAGAGUUGUUGAUGUCGUGAAAAUUCCUAAACUGGAAGUUGCCAUUGUAAGUCAUCAUUUCAAGAGACUCGCAUUUUUGAAAAAAUGUUUGUAAUUAUUCUGCUUUAAGAAAGUGAAGGCAUUAAAAAACUUUUUGGAUAAACUGGAUACAAGUAAGACAGAAGAAGCAGAGAUGAAAAAUAGUGUUUGUGACUUAAAAAACGUCUAAACUGACACAAACCCUGAAAUAGUAAAGCAGUACAAUGCAUGUCAGCCAAGCUGUCAUUUUUUCUUCUCUGUUUAUAAUAUUAUUUUGUGUAAAACGAAUAGAUUCCAUUUUGCCGUGCGUUUGUUCAGCAAAGGAUUACAGACGACAUCAAAAUGUGGUAAAAACAUCCCUGACACACUCACCUUUGGCUCAUGUGUCACUUUUUUGUUUUUACCACAACGUGAUGUCAUCUGUGAUCUAUUACUGAGCAGAGCUUGUCAGCUUGUCAGAGUUGAUCUCAUGAGUGGACGGGUCUGCAUGGGUGGUCAUAUCACUAUUGUGUGGACAGGCAUAUUAACAUGCACAAGACUGCAUGCAUUUUGAUUAGAAUCCUUGGGUGUUUUCGUAGUUUUGUUUGGUCACUUGGAUUCAAAAGGAUAAGAAAUAAGAUAAAUAAUACAUGAAACUAGGAACUUAGCACCGUUUUUGGUGAACCUAAAGACAUGUUCUAAUAUGUUCACAUUUUAUUAUAUAUUAUUUAUUUAUGGACCAUUUAAAAAAGUAUGGGAUGUGGUUCCAGGUACUAAUAUUACUAUUACUAAAUGAGAACUCUAAUUCAUAAAUAGGGUGAGAUGGCUAAAGAUGAGUCGAGUGAAGUGAGCUGCAGGCAAGUUCCAGGAAUGGGAAUCUUUGAGUCAAUAGAGAGUAGAUUUCCUUCAACAAAGCUUAAAAGAUCAAAAAGCCCUUCUUCACCUUCGCUCAAACAAACUGUGAUUACUCAAGAAAGUUUUUCACCUCCAAAAAAGCCUUCUCUGUACAGAUGUAUGAGGCAAGAGCAACCUUUACACUAUUCCACGCCUCUUUGGUGUUCAGUUCAGAUGCAACAACCACAGAUGGACAGUUCCAAAGAUUUUACUGAAAACCAAAUGAAUUCUCUACAAGCUCUGAAGGAAGAAAACUUUCAUAAAACUUACUUGCACACAGUCACAAAUUUUAUGAGCCAGUCCCGAAAGCCACCUGUAGGAGUUUUGUUUCACAUUUUACAUAACAUCCUGCUUUCAAAGCAAACUAACUGUGGUAAUGAAUGCUUUAGAAUUCUCCGGCAAAUCCAGGUCUUACAUCCUGUAAUGGCUAUGAAGAUGGUUAAUUUAAAAAUCUCUUGGGAACACAUUUCCAUGAUGGUGGAACUCUCUAGAUGCAUUGAUGACAUGUCACAAGAAAGUAGUCAGGCAUUAAGUGCAUCUAUGGCCUUGUCUUUUGUUGUAAAUGUUAUGGAAGAGGAGGUUAAUGUCAAGAGAUUUAGCCUUGUGAAGACCUCAGGUUAUAGACUCCUAUCAGUCAAGCAUUUCAGCACUCAUAUUUUUGAUUUGGUUCAGUGGAUUGGAGAUGCCACAAAACAUCCACAGAAAACCAAGAAUUUGUUUUUGCUGCAGAGAAUGCUAACAUUGUCAUUGUCAGUGAAUGAGCGACCAGAGGACUUUGCAGGUAGGAUCGCCGAUGAGUUGUUUCUUGUCUAUAACUGGCAACUUCAUACCACCAAAGAGAAAAGUCUUCUUCUCCAGUCAACUCAAUCACAUUUGCUGAGGAUGAAGUUGAUUGAAGUUAUUCUGAGUAACUGUUUUCCUCCUCAAGAGGAACAGGAUAUCAGGGAAGUUUCCAGAAUGGGACUUGAACAUAUUAUCUUUGUUGACUUUCAGCGCAGUCCAGAUACAAAUAACUCUGAUCACGUUGACUUGAUUGAUCACUGUGAAGUGUUCAUCAUGCUUCUGGCAUAUCUUCUUCAAAGCUUUCUUUUUUGUCGCAAAAGAUCUCUUCAGAAAAACUCUUCUGAAUCACUGCGAAUCAUGUCAAUGGAUGACACAGAUUCUUUACUUGAAAUUGAUUCUGAAGUUACAAGACUGAAGGAACGUCUAGAAAACAUCUGCAGUCCAUCACAGUUGUCCUCAAGGAGCUACCAGUUAUUGGAUUUAAUGUCAUCACUCAAAAGCUUUGCACAAAAGCUUCCAUAGUUGCUGAAGUAAACAUGACUUGGCCUAGGUUCCUUAAUGGAUGGUUAACCCAAACCAGAACCUAGGAUAAAGUUAAAUUUCAAAACAAAUUUUCUUGUCAAGCAAUAUGUAAAUUGAACAUUUCCGAACCUUAAAAUUUACUCAGAAACUCAGUGGUAAGGUUAACUUACAAUGACAGUCCUAGACAAUCUGAGAGAAGUAAACCCAUUAAUUUAUGGGUUAAAAUUUUAACACUCACUGGGUUUGGGCUAAUCAUUCUUCAAGGAACAGGGUCCUGAAUUUCUUGAUAAGCCAGUCUUGAUUGAUCAUAAUUUUUUAGUGAAUAUUUUGUUGCUAAUGUGAUCCUUGGUGGUCCAAAAACGAUAUUGUUGAAAUGUGGUUUGUUUGCCAUUUGCAUUUUGUUGAUCAAAACUUCUGCAAACCAGUUAAUUAGAAGAAUUGAUGUUUUUUGUUCAAAGCAUAAAGUGCAGAGGUUUUGAGUAGCAAAAAUAUGCAACUCCUGGAACUAUAUUUCAUGCUGCCUACAGUUCUUGUGCUUUAGCUAAUUCCCAACCACUAGCCCUUAUUCAUUUUUAUAUGCAUGUGAGGUUGACAGUAGAAUUUCUGGAUGACAACAAACCGAAAAUGUCUCUUAAAAAGUGAAUUUGCACUGUUUCAAACUUCAUCAAUCCUAUUCAGUUCCAUUUAAUUUGUCCAGUGUUGGCGAAAUUUUCUGGAGUUGAAUCCAAAAGGUCCAUAUCAAAGUUUAGAAAAAGAAAAAGAAAAUUUUUGUGUUUUGUGUACCUACUCCAUAAAGCGGGCAUGUGAAAUUAGGAAGUUUCAUGGCUAAGAAAUGUACAAAAAAGCGUGAUGCACAUGCCAAUUUUUUUGUUUUGCUAAUAGGAAACCUAUUCUUUUUUGCAGUUUUCGUUGCUCUCACCGUCGUCAUUGCUAAAGCUCCCUAUUGUUGUGUUUCAGAAAUUUUGCUACCAUGGUGACAUAAUGUCACACUUCUCUCUAUUCUAAAGGGUAGACUGUACUACUACAAAACUGAGAGAUGUGUCAUGCCGCAAAAUAGCUAAACAGGACAAUCUACCCUUCUACUGGUGUCUACUAUGUUCUUUUAUAAUAAUAUUUUAUUAUUAGAGACCUUUAAAUUCGAGGACAAGAUUUGUCUUAAACAUGGUUCGUACAAUCUUGAAAAGGUCUUGAAUUUGGUUUAGUUCCUUGAAAACUACUUGAUUUCUUUAUUAGGUCUCGAAAAGUCCUUGAAAUUCAUAACCUUGUCUAUGCCAGACACCUUUUUCUGUAAAAUUAGAUUAUUUUGCUGAGGAAAUUUGGCUCAUCCUCAUUGUAAGAACCUGUAAAACUCACCGGUAAUGUAAAAACAUUUUUGUGCACGAACAAUAUUUUAUUUCUGUUUCUUUAUUUCAAAUGCUUUUUCUGUACCUCAGAUGCAAUGCAAGUCAUACCCAUUCAUUUUGUAAAGUCUUGUUGCGAAAAGUAGUAUAAAAUAAUGUAAUCAACGAUGGCCGAAGAAGUAAAAAGUGACUCCAUGACGAGUUUAAGCCAAUGGGGUGAUCAACGGGGGUUGAAGAAUGCCGAUUUAUUAAAUAAAUCUUAGUCCUUGAAAAUCCUUGAAAAGUACUUGAAAUGUGUUUGUCUAAAGUUGUACGAACCAUGUGAAAGUUUUUUCACGUAUACUCGCAAAAUAGACACCUUGGAAAUCUUUAUUGUACUUUUUUCACCAGAAAAGUUGGCACUGCUGUCUUUAUUGAAGGAGGUUAAGCCGUAUCCCAAUUGGUAAAUGACAAAACUUCUAACAUUAAAUUUUGAUAACUUGUUUCCGCCACAAACUUGUAGUAGAAUGAUGAUGGCUACCCCAUUUUCCCGCCCAAAUGACCCUGGUUCACACGCACAAAGUAUGUUGAGAAAAUCUCACUCUCAAGUCUUCCUUGUCUUAGAAUCUAAAGGUCUCUAUUAUAAGACAAUAUGACAGGUUUAAUUCACACAUACAAAACAAAAACACCAUUACUGCAAUAAAAUUUUUCAAACUGUUACAUUUAGCAUCAAUGUAUUUGGCUUUAGGGUACUGAUUAUAGUAAUAUAGAAUUGGCUAUAUGAGAUUUAUUUAUUAAAAUAGAGAUUUGCACAUAAAUGUAUUUAUUAUCUGAUGACCAAACUGUACAUAAUAUAGUUAUGUUAGUUCAUAAUCCAAGAGACUUAGUUAUGUUAUGGUUAUCUAAUUGUCAUUGAAUCAAU